AUGAAAGAGAUCCAUCACAAGGGGGGUGGAAGGACUGGAAGUAACACAUCCACUUGGGGUGGCAGGGGUGAUGUUGGAAAUGGCCAUGGGAGCAAAACUACUGCAAGGUUGCUAGGGAAACAAAUUUAUGGAGCAACACCAAAUCCAUCAAUAGGUACUCCUUCCAACCCUUCUCUUAAUCAAGAGACUUUUGCUAGUGCUCUGGUUGAGAAGCAAUCUGGCACAUCUUGGUCAGUGGUUGUUGAGGUUGCAAAGGAUGGAGGAAAUAUGAAGUCUUGGAAUAAAGCCAAAGAUAAGGGGAAGGAGAAAAUAAAUGAAGAGAAGGGUGGCCAGAUUACCAUUGAGCUCCAAACUAGUCCUAGUGCUGUUCCUGACUUGGGCAUCUUUGUUGAGCUGCUGGGUUUCUUGGUGCUAGAUGGUGCUGCUGGACUACUGCUGCGGGAGAAGCGAGUCAAGUUGAGGUUACCUCCAGACUUCCUUGGUGCCACUUUUGUCUGUCCUUGGUCGAGGGUCCAUUUUGCCACUUUUGUAGUGGUUGAGGUUUCCUAUGGCAUUGGAACAUUGUCGUAG